AUGGACCCGAUUUCCAUCACCAGUCUCGUGAUAGAGGUCAGCCAUGUGCUAUCGAGCCUGAUCCAAUAUGCCAAAACGGUGCAGACGGCAAAGUCCGAAGUGCGAAAACUCAGCGGAGAGCUCUUUGCACUAAAAGGGAUCUUGGAGCAUCUGGCAGCACAGAUAAAUGAUCCCCCAAAUGGGAGGAAUCAGAAACAAGUUCAUUUGACCGCGAUAGUGUUGCAUACAACAAAUGAGUUCCUCCAAUCCUUACUCAUGGACUUGAAAACGGCAGAGACCAAGUUUAAGCGCCUCAAGCAAGCUCUGAAAUGGCCUUUUACUCAGACGGAAGUCAAUGAGCAUCUCAUCCGUCUGGAAAGAGUCAAAUCGUGGUUGAUACUGGUUCUCAUUGCAGACCAUAAAUCGGUGGAUCGGGAGAUGCAGAAUGAGAUUUGUGAUCUGGCAAACACAUUGAAGGAAGACUUGCGGAUUCGAGCUCAAGAGCGGAACCAAUUUGCUAACAGAGAGCUUCUGCGAUGGAUAGCUCCUGUGAACCCCGAAAGCUCUCAUCUGCGGGCGUCGAAAAGAAAUAGAAAUGGGACUGGUAGAUGGUUUGUCGACGGUCAUUUGCAGACGUUUCUCAACCAAGACGAAAAUCGAGCUUUCUUCCUCUUUGGAAAAUCCGGAACUGGAAAAACUACGCUGUUUGCACAGGUUGCCGACGAACUCACUUCCAUGGUUUCUCAAGGCCAAUCUAUGUAUCUUGCUUAUUUUUAUUGCACAAUUAGCGAUUUUAGCUCCCAGAACGCAAGAAAUGUGCUAGGAUCACUUGUGGCCCAACUCUCGGGCACAAUUCCUUCAAUAUUGGAUGAGAUACGGUCUGUCUACAACAAAGGUCCAAAAAGUCAGGCGCACAGGUUCCCUAUCGAAUUAUCUGUUCUCGAAGCUGCCAUCCUCAAAUCUGCUUCCGAAAAGACAAAGGUUGUCCUUCUGGUUGAUGCAAUCAACGAAAGUCAUGAUAUGAAGCUCCUUGAAGCUUCCCUUCUCAGGCUUGCCAGUCUGUCCACGAACAUCCGCGUGCUUAUAACCACUACCAGCGCUAUGAGUUCCAUCAAACACCCCAAUGCAUCCGUGUUAAACAUAAUCGGAAAGUCAAGAGGGGACAUUGGCACUUUUAUCAAAUACAGACUUGAGACUGAUGAUACAUUGAGAACUUUGACACCGGAAUUCCAAGCGGAUAUUGAAGUCACUCUUCUUCGAAAUGCGGAUGGAUCAUUCCGCUGGGUCCAGCUCUCAUUAGACAACCUUAGCACGCAGCGAUCUGUACGGGCAAUGCGGCAGGCCUUGAAAACACUCCCAGGGACUUUACGCGAGACAUAUGCAAAUAUGUUAGAAAGAAUUGCCCCCGAUGAUUGGAAGAUUGCUCAUGAGGCUCUAUUUUGGCUCAGUUUCACCAAGCAGCCUCUUACUUUGACAAGUCUUAACGAAAUAGUGGUCACGGAUGAGACAAGCACGACACUCAAUGAGGACAUGAUGCUCGUCCCUGCCCAUAUUCUUCUCGAAAUUUGCCAAGGACUCAUCACCGAGGACCAACAUGGCUACCUAAAUUUCGCGCAUGCGUCUAUCAAGGAUUUCCUAACGUCUGAUUGGAUCCGCUCAUCUCGCGUCCAAUAUUUUGCUCUGGAUCCUACAACCGCAGACCUGAAAGCCAUGCACAGUUGUCUCACGUACCUGUGUCUCGACAAUUUUGCACAGGGAUAUCUAAGAUGUCCCGAAACCCCAGCCAAAGUACGAGAGAAGCAUCCUUUUUUGAAUUAUGCCGCAAACUUCUGGCCCCAGCAUGGUGCAGCUUGCAGCUUUGGGGGUCCCAAGGAGGACAUGAUCCAUAAAUUCUUCGGCACAAGAUCUCUUCCCGGCCGGGGCAAUUACGGCACAUGGAUACAGACUUUGUUACGGACAACCGCUGGUUCGAACACGAAUGAUGCUGUAGCCAUUGACGGGACGCAUCCUCUAUACUACGCCGCCUCAUUUGGCAUGGUUCCAGUCGUCGAGUCUAUUCUCGCUUCCGAACCAGACAUCGAUAUCAAUGCUCCUGGCGGCCGUAUUGGAGCUACAUCAGUGUGGAUUGCUAGUCUUCGAUUCAAAUUUGAGGUUGUAGAUAUCCUCCUGCGUGCUGGGGCUGAUCCAUCCAUCCGAGAUCCAGGUAGUGGGCUUAAUGUGCUUGAUCUUCUGAGGAUGGUACCGAGCCGGCAUCGAAACUACAAUGGUCUUCGACCCAUUUUAGAUCGGCCAGCACCUUGGAAGGAUCAAUUGAAACAAUAA